AUGAAAGGAACAUCUCUUGAGGUUACUGAUCGCGAAGUCGGCAAGCUGCUGAAACAGCUCCUGUCAAAAUGUAGACCGAGACGAGAUCACGUGACGAAGGUCAGCACUUUUACGAUGCAGUACAAUCCCGUAUUCUCAUUCAACGCGUCUGUGCAAGAGAGGUCGAAGAUGUUGCUGCUAGUGGCCCUUCUGUUUUUAUCCAGUGUCAACGUGCUGGAGGGGAGGUGUUGUGCCCCUAGACAGUGGGAAGGGUGGGGGGUGAGGCUCGGGGGACAAAUGGCCGGAGCCACCCACGAGAGACCGGAGCUGAUAAAGGCCAAGAUCAACCUUCACUACGAUGCUGAUGUACCCAUCGUGGUCGCUGUUGCCAACACGUCUGUAGGAACGAGGGAAACGUCUGCUGACAGCCAUACAGGACUUCAGACAU